AUGAUCGACCGCUACUUGAACUCACAUAUUAUUUCUCUCUUCUUCUUGCAAAUCAUUGAGACAAACAACCGGUUGUUCGCGCCAUAAACAUUUAAACUCGUGUUCGCUGUGAUUAUUUUGGCUUCAAGUAAUCUCGAAUAAGUAUUUCAUAAAAUUCUUCCUUUGCACCUGCCGCAGAAAUCCACUUUCAAUCAACAAGUCGGUGACAGUCAACCAUUUUACUCCCCGCUGGACAUUAAUGCUAAAUGGAAUAUUUCUUGAAAAACGGGUCAUAUAAUUAACAAGGAGACUCUGUAUGUUAUAACAACUUUGGUCACGUGUUGCUAAAUGUACCUUUCGUAUACUUAAAGAACAAUUUAUUUUACCGUUCUGAAGGAUUUGGGUUUUACAAACUCGUGCGAAGUACUGUUUUUUUUUUGUUCAUUUGUGAUAAAGUGGUAGUGUUGAAGCCGCAGCGAUGUCUUCGUGUGAAAACAACGGAAACGCUCUACCUCAGUUUUUCUUCGGACUUCGACUUGGACCGCCGGUAAGCCCGAAGAUCUAGGAACUAGAAAAUAAACUGCUACGUUUGGCACUCAUUUGUAACCCGGUUUUAUGUUCGCCUCGCUUCUCUUCUUUGUCACAUGUUGCUGUUGGAUUUAAUAUUCAAUGGGUAAGUUGUUUGGGUUUACGUGAAGAUCACACUUCAGAUAUACCUUUAUUUCACCUUAUUCCCAUCGUGGUAUGCUUAAGGGUGGUUUACAUGUACAAAUCUACCCUCAUAUCCAACUUCACAACGCAAAUACUCAACGCCAGAAGCUACUGAUUAACGAUUUAAUGAACAAAUUAAAACAGUUGAUGCGAAGCAAUUGCUUUACAUCAUCAUAAUUUCAAAAAUGAGGAAUAUGUUAUUCCCUGAGAUUGCUGUUUGUUACUUUUUUGAUGAUUUUAAGAUUUUACUUUUUCUCUGAUGAAGCGGUUUGUUUUCUCUCGGCAGAAGUUUGUGUACUCCCGUCGCAGUACGAAAUCCCGCAAACCUCAUGCACAAGGUAUGCAAAUCAUGAUGGGCAGAAUUAUGCAAUAGAAUAAACCCUCAACUAAGCAUUAGACACUAGAAACACCGCGAUCAAAAUUAGUUUACUUAAGGGAAACUCAAAUUCAUUUGCAGUUCGUUAUAUUGCAAAUACCGAGCUGGAAGAGAUAUUCGCGAAAUAUUCGGCUUCCCCAAAUACGAAAUUGUCAGUAACGAUAGCACAUUUAUUUCAGUACAGAAAUGUCACGUUCUACAUUUUAAUCAUAAUAAAAACAAUUGGACUGCACGAUUCAUUGCGGUUGAUUGUCUAAUGUUUCAUUUGAGUGUAGGUAUAUAGAAUUUAAACUCAAAAUCGUAAGUACUUCUGUUCAAGGUCCCUACUAUUGAGCUGCCUCAACCACACUUCGCGCGAAAAUUGUUCCUGUUGAUUUCUUAUUAUUUAUUUAGAAACCUCCUUUUCCGUAUCAAUUUCAAUAUUAAACCUGAAAUUGAGAGAAUCUUAAGAUUUUACUUUGCAUUCCCUCUUUGUUUGGUCGUGAACGAUUUUUUUCCAAUUGAAAAGCAUUCAGCUAUGAAAUUACCAAAUGAUAAUGAUCGCUAGUCGCUUAAAAUGCAAGGUUCGUGGGAUCAACCACAUUUUUGAUGGCUGAUUAUAAUAACAAGAGAAAUUGGAAAUGACACUUUAGAAACCUUUUUACACAACCUUGGGUUACUUAUAAAGCCGGGUGGAAUCACCUCGAAAAGUAAUGCCUUGUCAUUCCAAUGUUCAGAAGUGUUUUCGUGAAAAAAGCCGCAAAGCCGAGUUAGCCCUCUUUGCUGGGUAACCCUUGUCGAGACGCGGAAUGAAGUGCCGGAAGGGGUUGAGAUUUGUAAAACGCUCUCAUGUAAAAACUGGCCCUUAGCUAACCAGGCCUUUUGUGCUCAGAUAAACGGGUUUCUUUUUUUUUUUCUUUUUUUUUACGUUACGAUUUACUUCCAUUCCGACCUACUCAACAUUGCAUUUUUUCUUUAUUGCUGAUGUUGUCUAGUUUUUAAGUCGAUGGAAAGACAGGCCUGUGUCAGUCUCGAAGCAAACCACAUCCUCUACAACUGUCUAGACACUCAGGUUCGUGUGAAAUCAUUUCAAAGAAUGCUAAAAAUAUACAUGGCGUAUAUUUUUCAGUAGUAUUCUUUGCGGCAACUCGACCUGGGUUACAAAUCAACCCGGCCUCGUGCAAAAAGGCUCACAGAUCAACACUUAGCUUAGCUUUGUUAUUGCACCAAAAUCAAGCCACAGGAAGGUAAUUUUUGAUCAAAUUGGCUUGACUCGUAUACGUUUCUGUCCCUCAAUAAUGAUUGCGUGAUCGUGUUAUGAAAAUAUCAAGCUCUGUUCUCCAGGAGGCCUUAUUGCUUGGUGUUUUGAAAGGUAAUUAAAUCCGACCACUGAUAGAGGUGUAUUUAAUGUUUAGGCUAAGUUUUUUCAUUCAGUUCGUUUCCUUUACAAGUUUUUGUGACGACAGAAUUGAUUACCAUGAAGAUGGAAACAUCAAAAUGAGUUAGACUACUUGGUUGAUUUUAAAACUGACUGGAAGAAUGUAAGUUAGCCUUAAACUGUUAGCUCGUAACUUUGAUUAUGGCUUAAUUCUGCAAUAAGCUUUGAUUGAAGAGAAGGCUCCACUGAGUGAAGAAAAAAGGUUAAAAAUGCUUCAUCCUUUUUCCAUCUAAUGCGUUUCUCAGAUAGAAGAGAGCAGGGCGUUUUUAGUUUACGAGUUUUAUUCAUCAUGAGAGUAACAAUGACUUCUUUGAUACAUUGUUUUAGCAUGAGAUGAUGAUUAUUUCAUUCGGGUUGUGUCGGAAGGGAUCGAUUCCUUUUCACAUACUCGUCUUGAAAACCAAAAUAGGUUACUCGCAGUAUUUUUAUCUGUAAGCAAAAGCAAGCAGGUUAUCGUAAGACAUUUGAGUUUUCCAUGGAUAGUAGUCAUACGUAGAUGUUAACGUCUUUGAUCCCCCUCUCGUAAAUUAUUUGGUCUUUAAAAUACUUUGCUGUAUUUAGCUAUAACGAUAUAUUGUGACCAUCUUAGAUUUUCGAAUGAAAAAUAGCCUUGUUGUUGUCAUGGUUACACAAUGAUAUCUUUUAGUUGAUCAACGUUAUUAUUUGGUCUUAGACUGUCUGUUAUUGAAUCGAUGUUUGUUUUAAAAGCUUUUCGAAAAUUUUUCAAACUAAAGUGUAUUGCCCGAAGCCAUUCUGGCGGCAAAAAACCAACGCUUUAUAUAAAUAUACUCGUCACAUAUUACCAAUGUUAAUAUUUUCAAUGUUCCCAGUAGCUUAUACAAUGUUUAAGGAAAAAUUGACCCUAAAGAUGUGAAAGCACAGAUACUUAGUUGACGAAAUGCUAUUGGUCUCGCACAGGGGAUUGAAAGAAAAAUUUAGGGGAUAGUUCUGUGGUACUUGAACUGCGGACUUCCUUCUCAGCUGGAGAUAAAAAAUCAUCAAAAAUUCUAAUUUUGGAUAUAUAAAUCGUAGCGCAUAUCCUUCUGAAAGUGGUUUAUAAUUAAACUGAAGGAGCUUCGUACGAAGUUCAUAUUGCUAUUUUCCCACGGAGACCUAUUGUUCAUCUAGUACUUAGAGAUCACCUUAUUUGCUAUCACUACAGAGAGCAAUUUUUUUUAAAAUUGAGUAAAUGUAAACGUAAGUUGCAUUAAUUAAACUCCGUCGGUUUUCUUUGGUGAUGCCUGGUGAAAAUAUCGCACAAGUAUUAAUAAAAGACUAAAAAAAGAAUGGAAAAACUGCUCAUUUUUCGACUGAAUUGGUAAGAAAAUUAACCCUCAAAGAGUUCAGACCUUUAAAACUUCUGGUACAAUAACAUUGUUUUAAAUAGCGGCCACAAGAGAUUUCGUUCGGCGCUAUUCGAUAAAUCGCAACAGAGUUAAAUACGAAUAAAGUGCAUGUAAAGAAAAACUUCGACCAAGCCUCUUUCGUGUAGGUGCUUUUUUCCAGAUUAUUUUUUUUGCCGUUAAGCUAGUAUCUUUUAUCAACGUUUUCUCCGACGACUGUUCUCGUUUUAGUUGUGAAAAGCCCGGCAGAAUGAAGAUGAUAAUUUUUUUUAUUUCUCCCUUCUGUGAAAAGAUAUAUAUAUAUAUAUAUAUAAUAAAAUACACACACACACAUACACAUAUAUAUAUGUAUGUAUAAAUGUCACCCCUUUUUCAAAAACGUUGCGAUAUGAAAAUAUAUAUGAAAUAUAUGCAUAUUUUCUUUUUCUCGCCAAAAAGUGCCUAUACUUUUUGAUGAGGAAAAGAAAAGGUAUAUAUAUUUAAUACAUGUUUUCAUAUUGCAACGUUUUUGAAAAAGCGUGCCAUGUACAUUCAUAUUCAUAUGUUUUCAGGAAUUACGUGGGGAUGCACAUCAGGACAUCCUCCAUGCUGAUUUAUAUGUAUCAUGAACAUCAUCAAACAAUUUUCGUUUUAGAUGUCUCAGAAGAAAGAAAAAAAAACAGUUUCUAAUCAGAUUCACAGAGGUUUACAUGUUAUCACUCACUCUCUGUAAUCGACUCCAACUCGGAAUAUUUUGGCGUGAAAUUUUAUUAUUAUUAUCCUAAAAAAUUUGUUUUGUUUAACUAACGCAGCCUUGGAUUUACAUGCAAAGUGAUCUGUCCUUUAACGACAAAUGUUCAGUUUUGAAGAUGAUGUGCAUCAAGAAUAAUGGAGAGCAGUUUGUCGGUGUCAUUAUCAUUUCUCUCAAAUUUCACGCAAACCUCUGUUCAUCGUUCUGAAUGGAAACCAAUGAAACAGAAAAUAUGCAAUAAAUUUAAAAUGACAUCAAGCAGUUGAAAACAAACCUACUUUUUAGAGUUCUGCAUUAAACCUCAUCCUGAUAAAUUUGUAGAAAACGAUGUAAGUUACCAGCCGGGUUCAAGAAUUGAUUUCUGUAUGUCAGUUGUUCAAUCAAAUCAAGUUUUCUAUGGAGAAGUACAGAGCUUGCGCGCAAGUAACGAUUAAUGAAAAACGAUGGAAAGAAAGAUGAAAAAAAUUAGAAUCGGUGUACCCUCACGGUCCUAUUAAGUAUACGCGCCUAGUUUUUUCGUCGAAUUGCUGCUUUUCUAUUUAUUAAUGAAGGUACCCAAAAUAUGUGAUAAGUAAACAAAGAAAAAAUGUUAAAGUUUUACGGUUACAGGAACACACCUUUGGACUUUGUAGUCUUGGUCAUUUAGUUUGAAACGUAGUUUAAAACGAGCCUGCUGCAAAUUGAUAUUGCUAAAGCAGUAUAUGAAGUUGUCGGGGACAAACUCCCUUUGCAUGAUACGUGGUGGAAUAUAUAGAGCCGAAACUUGUAGAUAAAAUGAAAUAGCAGAUUUAGUUUAACAGCCACAAAUAAUUGUUUGAGAAGAAUGUUUAAACAUUUUCAAUUCCUUUUCUCGUAUAAAUGCACUUGACAAUGCAAAACUCCUUACUUUACCGUUUAGCAAGGAAACUUUUUCAACGAGACGGGUUAAGAUAAUCUUGCCGAUGUCGAUGUGGAAUUUCACAAAAAAAUUGGACAUGUGUUCUUGCCAAAUCAUCUCCUCAUUUGUGAACUUGAAGUGCAGCUUAAGAAUGCGAAAAAAAAGUAGAUCUCGUAUUUUACAGUGCACGAAAAGGAGCCCGUGGUCUUAGGAAAAAUGCAUCUAUAUUCAUAUUGUGGAUGGGUGAUGCACCCCUGAGAGCCAAAAAAUGUUUUCAGGAGUUGUUUUGCUCUUACGCGUUCAGUAAUGCUGUAUUACAUUUGUUUGUUUUGGUUUUGAAUGCAAAAGAACAAUUAGAGAAUACUGUGAUCACUGUUGAAAGUUGGCGAUAUAAUUAGGAAAGAUAAUGAGAAAACCGUCGACAUGAUAUCAUCCUAUCUCCAUAGAGUGCAUCUGGCAAUUUGAAUUUUUAAUCUCUCCCUUUAUUACAAGUAAAUAUUUGAGGACGAAAAAUGCCUACAGUAUUGUUAUCUCAAAAUGAAUCUGCAAGAACCCGUAAGAUACAUCUUGAAAUUUUAUAACUGAGUUUAAUUUUUGGUCUUAUAAUUGGAGUUAAAUUCAUGUUCACUACAAUGUGUAUUGAGAUACCUCAAUUAGCCGCCACCAGCUUCAUUUCACACAAUUACAGAGGUCCUGUGAUAAAAAGCUCUUUAAAUAAAAGUUAUUAAAAAUACACCAUUAAUGCCAUGUUUGCUUUGAGCUUAAUUAUGAAGGAAAGCCCUCACCAUUGGACUUGCUAAAAAAAAGUCAUCAUCACCUCAAGAGUGCUUGGAUUUAUUUGCGAAUUCAUGAAAAUUAGGUUCUGUCAUGGUAGCGGACUUGAUCUGACAUUGUUUCGUUCUCUUGAGUUUCAGUUCUUAUUUCUUUUUUCUUUUCUUUCCAUUUCAAAGUAUUGCGUUUUGUUUACUAUAAAACAUUGUACACUACAGUAAAAUUAAUUAGUGCAAUUCCUUUUCUUGACUGACUUUAUGAAGCCGUGUGAUCUUAAACGUCAUUUGCAUAAUUCGAUGAUAAGACUGUUAGUUAAUCACCCACGUUAGUGAUUCAAAAUAAUUAGAGCUGUCGAAACCGUAUCUAUCUUUGAGAGAUGCGAUGCUAUCGUACCCGAUGGUUCGAAAGGCAGUUUCCAUCGUUCAGUAACAGAGAGUUCUGUCAGUGGUCAAUUAUUACACAAAUGAAACACGGGUAGAAAAAAGCAUUACAAUUUCUCUUCAAGAACACUGUUUUGGUACCGAUUUCUGGAAUGCGGCCAAAAAACCCGCCUCGAAUUCCGGUCGAUUGGUAAACGGUUAGUGAAAGUUUUGGAUCAUUUCUCUUCUAGUACGUUUCUUCAGAAAAAUUAAGGCUGUAGAAGUUUAUCUACUAUGAAAAUCGCCCAAGAGUUCUUUACUCUCCGAGAUAUAAGAAAAGUUUUUAGGCAAUGCAAAUUGACUUCGCUCUAAUGAAAAUACACGAGCUUAAUGUUUUAUGCCCGCAACACCGUAUGGUCUCAGGUAACGCACUUUACAAUGUACAAUAUUUCGAGGUUUUUUUAUAGGCAUAGGUAGCAAAAUGAUCUAUGAUGAAAAAUUGCUUUAAGUGCAAGGAUUUUAUUAAUUUGUUAUUUGGAAGACAGUAGAAGUGUCACUCUCUUCUAACUGAGUUUUAAAUUUUGAAUGUUUAUAAGUAAACGGAUAUAAAAAUCACUUUGGUUUCCUGUUUAUGGAAUGCUGAGGGUUAAUUUUGAUCUUUAAUUAUUGAUAUACACAAUAACAAGAAAGCCAGACUGAGUGACACUAAUAACUUUGGCUUUGAUUUGUUCCCGAUUAUUAUUUUCUUGAAGGAAUAAUCGAUAAAAUUGUGAAAAUAUUCGCAAAGGAGACUGAAUUUUGAAAGGAUCUUUAGAGUGAGAAAAACUAAACAAGCUAUCAUCUAGCGUGACUCGACUCCUGAGUUUUUCAACUAUGGAUUGUUUUUCUUCCUUUCCGUCGUCUACCCUAUUUUGAAAGAGUUAAGAUUGUGCUAUGAGUCUGUGUCUUUUUUCCGUCGCUCAUGAUAAUUAUUACUUGGCUGCAAAGCUGAAGUUUUCAAGGUUUCCUAUAAUCAGACUGAAACUAACGCUCAAAAAGGAAAUGAACCUGCCUUGUAUCAAUCGAAAGCAAGCGUUAUGCCUCUUUUCUUGGUUUUUCGGUAUCAAUCGUUAUUUGAAACCACUGUUUGUAGACACCUUUACUGAUAUCGACUGCUUUAAAUAUCAAGAGUUUCAAAUUUCAUUUCAAGAGUGAACCUAAGAUCAAAAGGAUAUGAACUUGCAGUUGUUUCACAAGUAAACUGCAUAAAAUGGACUUAAAAGCAAGGUCGUUUUGUCGCUUUUACAUGGUAUCACAUUUUAAUUUAAAUUAUUUAUCAAACUGGCCGCUGAUAUUGACAAUUUAUCGAAAGGUAAAGUAAUAUCCUCGGGUCAUGAAGAACUAUGUGCCAAACAAAAGGAAAAGAAAGGAAAUAAAUAUCAGCGCGACCUAUUUUAUCGAAGGAAAACUGAUAGAUCUAUUUUAAGACUGAGAGCACAAACAAUUGUCUCAACAUACGAAUUUCUGUAAUUGUUUUGAAUCAAAAAACAUAUUGUCUCCUAAAAAAACGCACACAAUAAAUGAAUUUUUGUAGGAUGACUAAGUCUUAGAUGCCUCAAAGUUGUUAGGUGUUUGAUGCUGUGUAGUUUAAUAUUUAUUAUUUUUGAUCUUAAGUCUCCAUUUCAGGAUCAGUCUGUUAGAAGAAUGGGUAGCAACUGUACCUGUUUCAUAACAAUAUAGAUCUCAACAACGUCGGCACAAUGCUCUGAAAUUACUUCUGUGAAUUAAAAUUACAUUAAUGGAAAAAAUUAAUCUUUCGAACGUGCCUUCUUUUAAAGUUCCCCUGCUUCACUGGUGUUUUUAUAACUGAAAAAAGCUGGUGGGAUGUCUUUGAUCUAUUCACAAAAUUUCCUCAUAUUCUAAUACAAGCCCAUUGUGAUAAUGGUCCCUACUACUGUUUUCAAAUAUAAAGGCCUGUUGAAAGUUGGCCGAACCAACAUUUAGUAAUACGACUUUGGCUCAUAUAUCAGCAGGGAACCUCACGGGGUAGUCUGUUAUUUACGUGAUAUUUUGAAAUGCCACCAUAUCCUCUGCAUUAGAAUUCUCUGGUAGUAAAAGUUUAUCUACCACACACUAGCCUUUGGUGGGAAAUUUUGUUAGAACAUCAAAUUUAAAUGCACUUUGACGCUAUUCUCCUCCAGACUAUUUAUAAUUAAUACCAUGGUGGGCGACUGUGCACUAACUUACUCUCAAUGCAUUUAGUACACCUGUUCAAAACGUCUUCUAAAAUAAACGUUCUUCGUUUUCUAGUGGGCGCUUUGCUAUUCGUGACACAAACAUAAGUAAUGUUUUCAAAGUCAGGAAACACUCUUCUACUAGUAGGUGUCUUGAUGUUCGCGUGGUAGAAAUUGCCUAUCACCUGCAGUGAACACUGGAUCUAAUCAAACUUCUACGCGGGACACUUCAAAAGUAAAAAGCGCUCAAAUAGAGGGGAAUGGCCAGUAGAUGCAUUUUUAUUUUUCGGCGAAGGUUAUCCUGAGGUUCGACUGUGUCGUGGUAAGAAAUCGUUGUUUUUAAUCACCUCUGCAGUAAUAGAUCUAAGCGCUGAGUUUGAUUGAUGUUCCGAGAAUAGCCUGGUGUAGAUUACAAAUGUUUGUGGUAAAACAAUGUGGAGAGGCAUUUAAUUUUUGCAAAGUUGUGAUCCUUCACCUAUUAUUAUUUUUCCUUUUUUCACCUUCCUGAGUACGGUUUUCGGUGUUUCUGGCUUUCUUCAAAAAAAUAGUUUAUGUUUUAAAUAUAAACAUUUUUGCCUUUGUAGAAGAGGCUUCUACUAAGUUGGAUGUGCUCAUUAAUAUUGUUUCGAAAUCUUUUUCACACGCUCGUAUUUGACUUAAAUGUGGGAGGAAUCUGUGUCUCCGAAACAGAAAUAGUCGAUCUGAUUACUUUUUUCCAAAAACAGCAGAUGACAGGAACGGUAUUUUACAAAAAGUGAUUAUUUAGAUGCCCACAAAUAUUUAUCGCAUAUAUUUCUAUAUAUCUAGCAAUUUUUACAUUUCAAUCCUGUUGAAUAGUUUUAUCAGUUGCUUUGUCGUGCUGCACCACCUUAGUUUGUUUUUGUGAAGCUUUGUCACCCCCAUUUUACGUUUAAAAAUCGCUUAGCGAAUAUAAUCAUUUAAAUGCAUAGGAACGCAAAAACUUUGCUAUUCAGUUGUAAUAAUUGUCUUACACAAGAAAGAUAAAGCAUCGCUAUGAUGACUUCAACAUUUUAAUCUUUCAUUUACUGCCUCCUUAAAUUUCUCAAUAUUUCUUUGUUAAAUUUUACGAUUCGCGGAAAUUCUUUAUGAUGUAGAGCAGUUCCGUGUAUAGGCAUUCUAUGCUACCACAAACAACUUCUUCUUUUGCCUUUGUUUUUAUUUUUUGUUUGUUUGGUUUACAUUGUAAUGAAUUGUUUUCUCUUUUAAGAAAAUACUUUAAAUUAUGUUAUUGAUGUAUAAAUUUAACAUGAGGCAUCUCAUGAACUUUGCGUAACAAAGGUCUUUGUGUUCUAAAUGCGAUCAGGUGCAGAAUUACAAAUCGCCAAAUCGCAGUUCAGUGCAUUUGAAAUACAGCUCAUUUAUACCAUUAACCUUUUUUCGCGUAACGUGACGUCAACCAUGUUGGAGUUUUAAACCCGUCACGUGGGACAUGAACUCUUCUCACUGCAAAUUCCUUCUUCUACUUCAGUCACCAAACAUGGCUGCUAGUCACGUUGGUGAAAACCGUCUGUCCAUCAAACUUCGGCGACAUUUUAUUUGUUUUUGAUUGUGCUUGACGUCUUUCUCCUUUAGUGCAAAGAAGUGAAAUCGCUUGCGACAAGCCUGCAAGAAUGUUAAACAGAAAUGAGGGAUUUCACUCUGUGUUGAUGGUAUGGGCCGCUCUUGUAGUCUCCAGUGAACAGUACUCUGUUAACAUAUCAAGGUAAAUCAUAUUGUGUGGCUUUAUUUGUAAUUAUACGUUGCUUAUCGUUUGAGUAAUUCCCGAUUUCGGAAUGUCAAAACAAACCCUUGACUCUUUAGAUACAUGUUUGCCGUAGAUUGCUCCUCUAAGUGAACAGGGUUGUUUAUCAUGUUACCAAUUUUUUGCGUUAUGUUUGAAUUCCGUUCAAGGCAUUGAUAUUUUCUUUGAGUGUUUUCUCUGUAACAGAAAUCUGUAAAACCUUUAUAAAGCAUAUACAUCGUCACUUGGAAGAAACGAAAAUAAGAAACGAACUUAUUGACCGAGUAAAAUUCUAAGCCAUUUUGCUUAUGUGUUGAUGGACUUCAACCUGACCGGUGUACCAUUGUCGUAAUUAGCACGGCAUAAUUUUUAGGCUUAAGAAUUGUUUAACAUAAUUACAUGUAUAAAAAACGCAUUUGGAAAGCCAACAAGAUCCCAAAAGUACGGUUAAAUUUGGCGGUCUCAGGUUCUUUAUUGCCUGCCUUAAACAAAUGUAAGUUCCGUUGUAUAAAUUUUAAACUAUCAGUUUUUUUCAGUAUCGCUCAAAAUUCCUGUUGGUAAUAGGUUAAAUUUGUUUCCUACUUAGCGAUCAAAUUGAGAACCGUCAGUGUAAAAAAAGUCUUUUGUUUGAUCCAUUAUGAUUUUAAAAAAAUGGCCGCCAAUUAGCAGCUUGUGGAACGUCAAUACACAUCAUAAGAUUGAAUUGUGUUCAGUCUCGAUAACUGUCUCAAGAUGAAUAAUGAAUAGGAUCGCUUACAUCUGAAGGCUCCAAUUAAGGUCAAUUGUUCGCGAAUGAAAUUGAUCUGAGAUUCAAGGGCUGAUUUCCUACCCAGCUUUUUUAUAUUUUAGUUUCAGAUCUGAAACUCUAUUCACUCAAUCGUAAUUUUUUUUUCUAUCUGUUUUUUGCUUCAUGUCCUCGAUUUUCUAGAAUCGUUUUCACCUGUCUCUUACACUAAAGUUUUUAGAUCGAUUGGGUAUUCUUUUAAUCAUGAGAAGGAACAAAAAAUAAAAAUUGAACGACAAAAGCUACCUGAUUGUCCAAAAGGUAGUUGCGAUCCACUUGCACCUUUAAUUGAUGGUUUGUUAUCAGUAUGAUGCUUCUUUUCACUUAAGUCUUGUACCAGGUGGUUCGAGACUUCUAAAUUUACAUCGCUCCGACCGAAAAUUCUGUCAUGAAACUGAGAUACUACCAUUGUCAAGUUUCUAUCUCAAAAAGGAGUUGCUUAGAGUAAAUGAUUGGUUUUUGCUAACUAUUGUUUUGCACCAUGAACAUUUGUAGCGAAACGUAGCCAAUUGAUGAAAAUUUAAAAAAAGUUUUUAAAUAUGGCGAUUUACACUUCAUUGUGAGAAAAAUUACACAUGUUAAUGGUAAAACCAUGAAACGCGAGGGAAUUGGAAGAACUCACCUCGAAGUGCAGGGGUGUCAAGACUGGGAAGGGACGGGAUUAGGAAGCACAGCUCUGUGAAAAGCUCACCGAGCAAGGACGUUGACCAUUAACAAACUCAUGGGAUCGGUGGGAAGAGCCACCUCCAUCUUUUGCGUUACUCUCGUAAGCAAAAUAGCCUACAUAAUUUUAACUAAAAGGUAGGAAAAGCUGGUAAAUUUUAAACUCGGUAUUGGAAUGAGCGAGAUUAUAUUCUUCUCGUCACGGAUGUGGGACAAAAAAAAUCGGUGCUCCAUCGCAGAGCUCCAUAGGACUACAUGUGCUUCCUGUGAUUAUUCCUGUACUUGAUACGAAUCGUGUUAGAACCUAGUUGUCGGACCUAUUCCUAAAACUAACUAAAUGAAUCAUGGUUUUCUUUUUUUGUUUGUAUUUGUUUUUGUUUUGUCUUUUUCAGCGAUAACAAGCCGUUUAAGGCUUAUGCAAACUCAACCAAGAUAGUAGAAACUCUUUUGAAAGACUACGACAAAAGGAUCAGACCUGGAGUUAAAGGUAAGUAAAGGUUUUAUAGUCAUCUACGAUGUAAAGUAAUACAUAAUUCUAGAUAUAUAUAUAUAUAUAUAUAUAUAUAUCGCAACUGCGAACAUGAAUUCAACAAUCUUGUAGUUGAAGGCUAGAUCAAAUUUUCCGCAAGUUCAAUGCUGAAUUGAGUUUAUCUAUCAUGUCAAAAUAAGGCCAAAGAUGACGGAUAACACCAGUGUUACUAACUAACUGGUGCGUUGAAAAAAGGGAAAAUUAUCUGAAAUUCUUUGUCCGAUGCUUUUUAAUGGAUUAUUUAGGUGACUUUGCGAUCACAAGAGUGAUUUCCUUAUUAACUGCUUGUCAAUCAUCAUUGAAAAAAGGUUCCCCAGUCGAAGUACGAGUCGACAUGUACGUGGCCAAUAUCUGGGCAAUGCAAGAAGUUAAGAUGGUAAGUACCAUAAACAGUUUAAAAAAAGCUAGAGUAUUUACAAGCAGUGACCUUUUUUAUUGUUUAUACUAUCAUUAUCAUAACAGCAAAAAUGCUGAUUUUUUAAUGUAUGAUACUGAGUCUCUCGUAAUUCGCUUCGAAUUUUUUUAAUUCUUAAGCUAUCUCGUCUGCUAGAACUAAUGUUUCAGAUACCAAGCCAUCCGCUUGCAUGCAUGAAUGAAAAAUCAUGAAAAUUAGAUGCCACCAGGGUAUCUCCGCGUUCAACGUUCGUUGAAAUAGCAGAGCUAAAGUGUUUGACUUUAUAUGCUAAAUAGUGAUUCGACAGAUAAAAUCAAUGAUCUCCAAUUCUGUUUUCCGUUUUUGUGGUAAUUCCAGGAGUUUACAAUCGACAUAUAUUUGCGCCAAUACUGGAGAGACGAGCGAUUAGCGUUUGACCAUCUGACCUCUGACCCUCUGCUGACCCUGAGCAGCAAUAUUAACAAGCAGAUAUGGGUACCGAGUACUUACUUCUUGAAGACUAAGAAAGCUUACUUUCAUGAUGUUACAACAGAGAAUUACCUGCUGCAGAUUCAGCCAAAUGGAAGCAUCUUCUAUAGCAUUCGGUGAGUCGAGAGUUGUUUUAAACCAUAAUCCUGUUUCCAAAUAUCGGGCUAUUAAAAAUUCUAUAACAGCUACUUGUUUAAGAUUGCAUCAAUAAAAGAAAAUUCGGUGUUGUCAAUGUAAAGCCUCAAAAAAAUGCAGUCUUUAGUUGAUAUGUUUGUUGGUGUUUUCAGACUCACAAUAACUACUUCGUGUACGUUGGAUCUGCGUCGAUUCCCACAUGACACACAGUUGUGUACAUUGGCAUUAGAGAGUUGUAAGUAUUAUAUUAUAAAAACGCAAAUAAAAAUAAACAAUUACUAAAUAUCGUUAAUUUGCAGAGACGAGCUUCUCUCACCAUGCCCGCACUUAUUACUCCUUAAAAAAUUUUGGAAAAAAAAGCGUGGGGUUUAAUAUCCUUUGAGUUAUAUACAUUACGGUACUUAAAAGGAAAAAUUUAAUGCUUCUAGUUUUGUAUGUUUGGACGCGUGUAAAAGUAACUGUGUUACACGAAAUGAAAGCUUGAUGCUGAUUGGGAAAUACAUUAAGACUGCUUCAGAUUUCAUGAUCCAGUUUUCCUGACUGGAACUCUUGUUCUAUUGUUCAUCAUGUUAAUUUCUUUCCCAUAUCAGAUGGAUACCAAACAACUGACGUUUGGUACGCUUGGAACCCCAGAGAUGACAACACAUCAGCCAUCUUUGUCAACAAUGAAGUAGAGCUUCCACAGUUUGAGUUGGUCAAUGUGGAAAAGGAAGCAGUCAUAAAUAAAUACAAUAUAGGUAUUUAUUAACACAUCGAGAUUAUGGUUUCUGUAUCCCUCCUGGUUUCUUUCUUCCCAAGUUAUGUUCAUUCUAAAGAUAUUUUUGCCCAGGAUUGCUACAAUGUUUACGCUCAUCCAUGGGCGGCGCAAUAAUUCUAAACAGGCUAAUUUAAUUUGCUGUCACACGAGCUUUCAUUGAGAAGGGAGGGCUGACACGCAGAGGGAAUGGACGUACUCUUUCCUCGUUUUAUUCCACCGUCUCCUUGCGUUUGGGAACAAGUGUAGAGAAGUCUUCAAACGAACUAAGUGGUUGGUCACGAUAGCCUAUCUUCCUUUCCAUAACAUCAAAAGACCAGAUGUUUCUAGAUGGGAUGGGAUGGGAUGAGAUGCCGAUGUAGUUUUAGGUUACCUUCAAGAACUUUGUUUGGUUUUCCUAAAACAUUCACCGAGCUUGGAGUAAGGGUCGUUAUCAUAUCAAACUCAUGGGGUACAAAUAGUCUUAAAAUGAAUGUAGUCCACGCCCACUUCAACACCCCACUCAAAUCGAGUGUAAUUUUCGAAUGUUUUACCAUUGUGCGGAUUCUCUACGGAAAAAGCACUCAAUGUACCUCUGAAAUAUUAAACUAUAAUAUUGUGGCUUUCUAUUUCGCUAAUUUUCUAACUUGAAGGUAAAGUUUUUCCCUCGUCAUUUUUACCUUUUCUCCGAGCGGUUGCGUGAAAUUAACAAGGCGUUUUUGAUCAAAACACGACCGAGCGAAGGGUCUCGGGCGAUAUCUCUUUUACGCAGGCGCAAAUUAAAAAUGUACCGCCAGAAUCAAAAAGAGGAACAAAUUUCCUUUGUUUUGGUAUGUAAAGUGUCGAACAAAGUAUCUUUCCUCCGUGGAUUCGCCUUCUAACGAGGGUUUAUGUUGAGUAUUCAUUGCAAAAUCGCUUUGUUUUUUUCUUUCUUUGGCUUGUCCGCCAUUUUGAAAAUUCGUAACGGAGAGCAUGCGCAUUACGUGGGGUUAGUGGUUGCGUACACCUGGAACCGAGAAAAACAAAUGUUCGUCGCACUGGGGAAAGAGUUUGAUAUGCUGCGUUGUUAACUAUCCUCUUGUGCUUCCUCCCUCUAGCCAGAGAGGCCCCGAUCAAGGUAACUUUUAGCCGGACCGCAUAAAUAAGUGUACCUAUUAUAUAACCUAUCUAAAAUAAACUAUAUGUACCUAAGGACCCUUAAGAAUAAUUUUCCUGUUACUUUCUCCCCAGGCAACCAUUCCUCGUUGGUUGCCAUGUUCAAGAUGAAACGUCGAAUCGGCUACUUUUUGAUUGACACCUAUGUACCUUCCACCAUUAUUGUUAUCAUCAGCUGGAUAUCGUUCUGGAUUAACCCCGAUACUGCGCCUGCGCGGGUUGCCCUAGGAAUCACCACUGUUCUGACGAUGACGACGCUUAUUUCCAGUGCUCGCGCGUCACUACCCAAAGUGAGCUACGUGAAAGCUAUCGACUGGUACCUCCUGUUGUGUCUCAUAUUUGUGUUUGGGUCCAUUUUGGAGUAUACCUUUAUAGCAUUUAUGAUAAAUGUUAAGAAUAAAAGCAAGAGGAAGCCUUCAGUGGAUAGCGAAUGGGGAGAUGGUUCAAAGGUGGGCACAUGUAUAUUUUCUUAGUUUUUUUAGGGCAUGCAUAUUGCUAUUUCAAAUAUAAACCCGUUAAGUUAAGGUGAAGAAAAACAGGCUACCAGAGUUUCUCAAGGUGUAUCAGAAUUUCUCAAGGUGUCUCGUGAUACGUAUAUCUGCUUUCGUUUCUGCAUCAAUUCUAUAUAUUUGUAUAUAUGGUAUUAAGGCGGGUCAAAGUUAUUUACUGAAGCCCCAGGGAUGUAAAGUUUAGACCAUGGACUGUUUUAACAGUAUCUGCUUUUCACUUCUUAAAUUAUGGAUAUAAAGAUUCCUCUGACCAGAAUUUCUACAAAGAGUAUCAAAGUUUUUUUUUUCAAAAAUUUGUGAAGCAGAGACGUUUGAUCAGUGAAAAAUAUCCUUUCUUUUCCUUUUAUUAUUUUUUCUUGAUAUUUUUCUCUCUAGAAACAGGAAGAGAGGACAGAGCUUUUGUCUCUUUUUGCUCCAAAAUGUUCUCCCCGACGAGGAAACGCCCUUAAGCGAGUAUUAAGUCAAGCUGAAACAGAUUCUCUUGGUGUUGAAAGUAAAACGUUCCCAGAGAAAACGGAGAGGGAAAAAUGGUACUUUAUUAGUAAUCCUCACACUAUAGACAAGUGCUCGCGGAUUGGGUUUCCGCUCACAUUCUUUGCAUUCAAUUGCGUUUACUGGCUUGUACACGGCAAAGGAUGAAACUAACGAGAAAGGGGAAGUAUCAGUUUUGAAGGGGAACCAUUGUUGGGCGGCAAUAGAUGAAAGAAGUCGAUAGAUAUUUCGCCGCAUAGAAAUACGAAUUAAUACGUGGAUACGUUGUUUAAAUCCUUGGCUGCAAUGCUGGGCAUUCAGUACAUUAUGAUUAUGGCUUAUUUGUAUUCUCUUGUAGAAUUUGACGUCUCUAUUCGAGAAUAAAAUAUCAAAUGAUAGAACGAUUUAUUGAAGGUAAACUGUUACAGGCUAGGCCUAGCUAUUACCAUUUAAGAAAAAAAAAGUAAAAUAAUUAUAGGCCUUGAAUAUUUACGGUGUAGUUAGGGUAAACACGUAAACAUUAUGAAAAACCUUUUUCCUCUCUACUUAUGUGAUGACAAAAUAUUUACUGUGCUGAUCAAGGAGGCUUUAGCUUUUAAGUCUUGAACCAGUAAUAGGCAGCUCAACUAAACAAAAAACUAAAAUAGGACAAGGAAGACCUCCUCAUAUCUGAUUUGAUGUUCUGUAGAUUUUUCAGCGCUGAAACUAGUCCUUGUAAGUCUUCGGAGGAGAAAAAUAAACCGCAGCAUCACUUACUAUCAACACAAGUAUGACAAAUAAGAUUUGAUGUGAAAGGCCUUUGUUUCAACGCUUUACCAACAGUGUUAAAAAGAAAAUUUUGUGUAGGCCUAAUAAAUAAUGUCACAGCAGUUAGAUCUGUAUCAGCCUUACUUGGAAAGAACAUACUGAGGGAUUAUCUUGUGGGUAUCUUAAAUUUUUAUCAAAAAAUUCUUAUAACGUAGAAUUCAUCGAAUGAUUGCCUGAUUUUAAUCAAAGAUGUGAC